AUGGACGAACAACGAAAGGCCGAAUAUGAAAGCCAAAGUCUACAGUUACGUGCAGAACUCAAGCAAUUCGAGGGGGAAUACGCCCAGAACCACGACGGCAAGAAGCCGCCCCGCGAAGUUAUCAAACAGAAUCCGGAUAUUGCCCAGAAAUACAAGCAGUACAGCAAACUCCGCGACAUACUCUCCGGAAAGAUCCCUCCUCCUCCCACCAAAAGUGACAACCAAGACCCGAGCCAACGCAAGCGCAAGCAAGCAGAGACAUCUCUACCAUCUGCCUCAACUCCCUCCAAGCGUACCAAGUCUGUCGCCACCCCCAAAUCACAACACUACUCUGCCGUCGAUGAUGAAGCUAUCACCCCAGAGGUUGCACGGAAACUCUUCAGCCCUGUCGUCCCAUCAUCGAUUGGCCCUACACCCCAAAAAGACGGCCGUGUUCUCGGUCUCUUCGACCUCAUAUCCCACACUCCAUCCAAGUCAACACAUGAAGACAGAUCACGAGGGCCCGGAUUCACGGCUACACCAAGUAAACGUCGCCACGCCCUUGACCCCGAGAACGAUAACGACGAUGACGAGAAGGACGACAAGGAAUUCAUAACCCCCAGCAUCCCACGGCACCGUAACCUCGACCGAACCCCAUCCUCUGGCCGCAACCGCAAUCUGCUCGACAGCUUCCUUGGAGUUCGCGCUACCAACACAACAUCCACACCACUAAGCAAGAACAAUGCGAACAACUCACCCUCGAAAAACGCUCUCGGCAAGACGCCGUCCGGCGAGCGCUCUGCGUCCAAGCUACACUUCGCCACACCCGCUUUCUUGCGUCGUACAUCAGCGCCGCUGCCACCCGUGGACGAGAAUGGCGAGUGGUUGGACAUCGAGCCCUUGAAGCUACCACGAAAACCGUUCAGCAUAGCGAAGGGCAGGGGAUUGAGCAGCGUGGUAGCCAGUCUACGGAAAAUGGAGGAAGAGAAGCUGGAUGAGGAGCUGGAUAUGUUAAGGGAGAUGGAAGCAAUGGAACACGGUGACAUGGCUCCUCCACCACCGAAGAAGACGCUCACGUCGACAAGUGAAGACCGGAAGAAGAAGCAAACAGGACCAGCAGAGCCAGCGGAACCAGAAGCAGAACCAGACGAAGCAAACGAUUUCGAAGACGACGAAGCAGCUCUCAUCGAAGUCGAAGCUAGCUUCCUUGAAUCACCAUCAUCGAAGAGGAAGAAGGAGCGGCAGCAGCGACCAGUCCUACUAAGCGGAUUCGACGAUGAGAAUGUUUACGACAGCCAAGAUGACGGAGACCUGAGCAAGGAGGGAUUGGAUCGCAAUGGGCAGCCACUGAGGGUGUUCAAGAAGAAGGGACAGAAGAGGACGACACGGAAGGUCAACAUGCGACCGACAAGGACGAAACGACCUAGUGCGCCGGUUGCUGAGGGAGACGAUGACAGCGAAGAAGAGGAUGGUGACGACAUGAUACCGGAGACACAAUUCGAUGCGACCAAGAAUAUGGCUGGAGAUGAUAGUCACGACGUGGAUCCGUUGUUGUCCGGGUCAGGGUCAGGGUCAGAGUUUGAUGGGUCAGAUGGCGAAGAAGAUGACGAAGCAGAAGCGAGUACUGCAAAGGCGGCAAGGGCUGCAAAGAAGAAGGCACCACCAUCAGCAAAAGAAAAGAAGGAAGCGACCAAGAAGAAGGACAACAAGAAGGGAAUGAAAGAGGAUGCCGCCGAUGACGAAAAGCCAGCUACAACAAAGAAGCCGCGCAUGGUGAAGGCUACGGCGAAUGCGAACUUCAAGAGGUUGAAGUUGAAAAAUAACGGGGCGAAGGGCGGACCGGCUCAUAAUAGUCGGUUUAGGAGAAGGAGGUAG